UAGAUCGGACAAGAGCAACCGUAGACGAAAACAAUAUAACGAACCUGCAUAUUAAUCACGUUUUUGAGACAUCGGGAAGGUGGGUUCGCUCACUCGGUGCUGCUAUGUCUACUACGUACUCCCGUACUCAGGAGAGCGACGCGUGGGCCCUUCUGGCACUGAAAUCGGCACCGGCCAGCCCGACGAAGAUGCAGUGGAAUCCUGAGGCAAAAGGUGCGCCGAUUGCACGGCUAGAGGGUCGCGAGUUCGAAUACAUGGUUAGACAGCGGCGUAUCACCAUCGGACGUAACAGCAGCAAGGGUGAGGUCGACGUCAACAUGGGCCACUCCAGUUUUAUCUCACGACGACACCUCGAAAUCUUUUACGAUCAUCCGUUUUUCUUCAUGGUCUGCAACGGUAAAAACGGCGUUUUUGUUGACGGAGUCUUUCAGCGAAAGGGUGCGUCGCCUGGCUUCCAAUUACCAAAGACGUGCACAUUCAGAUUUCCAAGUACAAAUAUAAGACUCGUGUUUCAAUCACUAGUAGAUGAACAAGAACAAAGUAAUACACGAAUACCCUCUCCUCCAAAACAUAGAGCGCCAUUACCACCCUUACGUAUUAAUAUUCCGGAUACAGGCUACAGUAGCCCGUUUCCUUCACCUACUGGCACGAUCAGUGCUGCUAACUCGUGUCCUGCUAGUCCGCGCGCGGGACAGGGAAGGAGAAACGUAGCCGCGGACCUCCAUAUGGCAGCUGUGUACGCAGCUGCGUACGAUCCGCAAAACUCUAACAUAGAGAGAGUCGACGCUGGGCAAAGUUCGAGCAGGCAAAUAAGUCCCGAACCAGGCGUAGAGUCACGGUACAGAGGCAGUAGCAGUAUCGGUAGCGGUAGCGGCCCGCCGAAGGACGACUCGAAACCACCUUACUCCUAUGCACAACUGAUCGUACAAGCCAUCGCGUCCGCCGCGGACAAACAGUUGACGCUGUCCGGCAUUUAUUCGUACAUUACCAAGAAUUAUCCGUACUACAGGACUGCGGACAAAGGAUGGCAGAAUUCCAUAAGGCAUAAUCUUUCGCUGAAUCGUUAUUUUAUCAAAGUUCCAAGGAGUCAAGAGGAGCCAGGGAAAGGAUCGUUCUGGCGGAUAGAUCCGCAGUCAGAGGCGAAACUAACUGAAGGCGCGUUCAGACAGAAAAGGCAACGCGGGGUACCUUGUUUCCGAGCUCCAUUCGGACUCUCCUCGAGGAGUGCACCGGCUUCUCCGUCUCAUGUUGGGAUCAGCGGGUUGAUUACACCCGAGUGUCUCAGCAGAGAAGCGUCGCCGGGGCCGGAAUCUUAUCCGGAUAGUACUGUAUCUUCCCCGGCUGGUCAGCUGAGUAGUCAGUCGGCGCCAGGGUCGCCUGGCCACCCGUACGCAUCGACCAGUCAACCGGCUCACAAGGGUCGCCUAAUGCAACAGAUCACUGUUGUCACGAACGGCGUCGUCGGUGACACGUCUAGAGAAGAUAAAUACGGUAUAUCCGGGAAUACUACGGAAGAGCACUCUCUCUCGCCGACUGGUCAAUACAGUCCGGCUCCUGUUAUUGUACAGACUACAUAUAACUAUAGUGGAAGCUUUAUUAGUCCCGACGCAGGCGUCGGAGUUGGAAAGCGUUCGCACGAGGAAUCGGAUAGUUCUCCAGGCUCACCGGCGCCGCUCGCGAUCGUCGAAAGUCCCGAACCUCCCGAGCAUCAACAGCCAUCGGCGAAACGUCAACGUGUUCAUGAAAUGGACGACCACUGAACCGUCGUUCGUACUAGGCUAUCAUUACGUAGGACAUUUACUUUUUUUCUUUUUUUUCGUUACAUCGCGCUACUCGCUCAUUGUCAAAUACUAUAUCCGCACGCGCGUGUAUCUCACAUUUUUUCAUGUGUGCUCCAGUGAUCAUAUGCACACACGCUUUAAUGUUGGAAAUUUCAAAUCGAUGCCUAUAAAUCCACGCCGAGUUUAAAACUCUCUUCAUGCAUCUUCAUCAUCGACGCGUUAGUACAAGAGCGAAAUACGUACGUCUACGUAUCGAGUUCUGUACUACUUUUCAUUUUAGUUACCAUCACGAUGGUCUAUACUUUAGUCUCUGCGUACGACGAAUACUCGACACUCAGUUUAUUGUUCUACGCGAUAAAUGAAAAUAAUCACAUGAAACGUGAGAAAGGGCAGAUUCUAUCAGCUUGUUUUGGUGUUAAACGCCUUUCCCCCCCCCCCCCUUGAACUCUAUAGUAACACGAUCAUCGUCGUCAUUGCUAUCAUGAUCCAUCAGUAUGCAUUGUGCGUGUCUCGAUCUCCGCAUUCUCUUUGUUUUAUAAUGAUAUAGGUACGAGGAGAUGACGGGAGCUUUUACGUAUUUAUAAGAAGGAAUAAAUAUUUGUAACACUGUUGGAAGAGUAUUAUAUGUAAAAAGCAUCUUGAAUGAAGUCAUAUCGUAAUAUAUUCGAAAAAGAUAUUGAAUCUCGAUAGAUAAAAAUAUUGUGUCGAAACAGCUCACGUUGUUCGCCUUAGUGCCACGCAUUGAAAAGAAGGCCGUAUGUUUUAGGACGUUGAUUAUAUCGGAAAACCUUUGAAUUUUCCAUUGUAAAUAUCGCUCGCGGGGCCUGAGCAUCUUUUUUCUUCUUUUUUUUUUCCUUUUACAAAUCUAUUUCGUAUAAAGAUCCAUGGGAUAUCCUUUGCGAUAUACGUUUGAAUAUUUUCGUAAACGUUGGUUCUGUUGGACGUUGAAUAAUUGUACAUUUUAGAAAAGAGAAAUAUUUCUGUGGCCUCUUUCAAUUAGUUCUUCUAAUUUACAUCGUUCGAAUAUUAUCGACCGAUCGGUCGUUCGCGUUUAUCGAGGUGCCCGUGAAUCGUAGAUACAAACUUUAGAUCGUAGCUCCGCGUAUGAUUCUACGAAGUUUCUAUUUAAAAAGGAAGAAAAAAAGAAAAACGAAAAAAAUAAGCAAUAAUCUUAUGCUGACUACGUCGAUCGAAAUUUCUUUCUGACGUGCCUGUUUAUCUAACAAAAAAAGAUAUUAACGUAUUAUAAUCAUACAGGAAGAGGUGAUAGUAUUUUUGUUGCCACUUGUAAAUAAACUCUUAAAUGAAUAUGCAUCGCUUCGAAUGUUUCUUCUCUGCGUUUCGAAGAACGUUGAAAAAAAAAAAUACAAAUAAUGUCUGCUUGAUCUCGUGGUACGAGAUGAAUAAAUUAAUGAUGUAUAAUUUAAACCACACAAUUCAAAACGUCUCGAAGCGUUUCCCUCAUUGCACUCGUUCUACUCUGAAAUCUACACAAUCUCAUUCUGAACAGAUCUUAGUUUCUCGGUUCCCAGAAUCUUCCAAAAACUUCAGCAGGCGGAGACACACUUUGGUCACGCGCUCGAAACCAAAUUACGAGUUGUAUUCAGUUUUCACUGUCGAUAAUAAUAUUAUUGUACUGCAAAAUCAAAUCAAAUAAAUGUUAUUCUGUUUUUCA